AUGCCGAGAACAAUAUAUUGCGAACACGUGAAGGAGCUUCCACGUAUAUCAUCUAAAUUAGUAUAUUCGCUGCUUAUCAAUGUUAAAGUUAUUUCAGUACAGUUACCGGUUAUUAUGAUACGAAUCGGGAAUCACGUUGUUAUCCAAAAAAUGGGAGGCGAACAUUUACGCGUGUGCAAAAUAUCACGAAAAACUAAAAUUUUGAUCGAAAAAUUACGAUUUGAAAUUGAUGGUGCAAUUGAUCAGCCGUACGGAUUGUUUGAGGUUUCCGCCGGAAAAUUAACACGCGUUGCACCAGAAAACAUUACGGAUAUUGCUGCUGCAUUCGAUUUUGAUACAGUUAGUACAAGUUCAUCAUCCAAAUUAAAUGGUAUCAGUAAUGCAGCAGAUAUCUCGAGAUUAGCAGCAGAGGAAGUAGAAUGCGCAAAUGCGGCACAAGUAAGGCAGAAAGUGACGCAGGAUGAAAUAAUCAAAAUGAAAGAUACAGGCGUACCAGCGGAGCAGUUGAUAGCAAGAUUGGUUGAUGGUAGUGCAUCAUUCUCCGAACGUACGAUUUAUUCACAAAAUAAAUAUAUCAAUAAGAAAGCGAAGAAACAUUCUGAUCACGUUUACCUUUUAAAACCAACUCUACGCUUAAUCGCUGAAUCUUACUAUAAGAAAGAUCCUGAAAGAGUCGCACAUCUCAGAAUUGACUUGUUAUCUCAUCUCUUGGCUCUCAGUGGUAUACACUACGGUUCACGUUGUGUUGUCUUCGAACAGUGUUUGGGUUUGCUAACGUCUGCCGUGUUAACACGUUUGGGUGGAUCAGGAGCUUGUAUCCACCUACAUCGUGGAGAUAUAGCACAAGCAAUUCCUUGUGUUGAUAGCAUGGAUUUUGAUAAAGCGAUUAGUUCAGCAUUUUUGCCGUUGUGCAUAUCCAAUUUGUUAGAAGAGUCUAUGGAGGAAACCGAAGAACUUAUGAAUCAAAAACAAGGAGCAAUAAUUGGAAUGGAUGAAGCGGGAAGUUUGUCCAAGAAGGAUGACGAAGCAGAAAGGCAGCAAGAGAAGGAAGACAACGGCAGUACUGCACAUGGAGACGAUGGCGAGAGGGAAGCAUCAACAGUUGUCGACAGUUCGUUAGAAAGAAGAACAGAAAGACAACGCUUGCGGAGACAAGCGUGGGAGUUGAUGCGGAAUGGUGAAAUUGAAAUAUUAUUUAUUGCCAGUAAAAAUAUCAAUCCGGUGGAAAUUUUGGAAAGGACGUGGUCAUCUUUGCGUCUGUCAUCAACAAUUGUUAUUUAUUGUCCAAUCGCUGAGCCACUAUAUUCUGCAUAUCACUGGUUAAAGGCAAGGCAUGCUGUACAAGUACACAUUGUGGAUGCUUUUUAUCGUAGUCACCAAGUCAUACAGGAUCGUUCGCAUCCGAUUAUGCAACAGUUUAUCACUGGUGGUAUCAUUCUUUCGGCAGUCAAAGUGGAACAUCAAUGA